AUGGCAGACACACAGCAUUACCCUCCACGGGUCUGUCGCAUCUGUUUGGAAAGCGUGCUGCCUACUUUCCAACCCUCGGAAUUCCUCCAGAAGCCUCGAGUGGUUUAUGAAUCUUCCGAUCCAGAAUCUGGCCGUCUGUUAAGUCCUUGUCAAUGCAAAGGUUCCUCGCGUUAUGUUCACGAGGGCUGCCUGCAGUCAUGGCGCCAUGCCGACCCCAAAUUUGGGACGAGAAACUUCUGGCAAUGUCCCACAUGUGGCUUCCAGUAUCGCCUGGAGCGUCUGACUUGGGCUCGGUGGAUCAGUAGCGUCACCACCCAGCUAAUCCUCACACUCGGCAUUCUUUUGUUAACCGUAUUCCUGCUUGGAUUCAUUGCUGACCCCAUCAUUGAUUUUUACCUGGGCCCCGUGGAUGCUUACGCCGAAUUGGUCGAGGAAGAUGCCACCUGGUUGGGACACUUCGUCAAAGGACUCGCGUCUUUGGGCUUGUUGUCGUUCCUCAAGGCAAUAUUUGCACUGUCGCCUUUUCAUUGGAACCUCCGGUCUGUCGCAGCAGGGCGGAAUUCGGGCCGUAACCGGGCCGCCCAGUUGAACUGGCUAGUGGUCAUGGUUGGCAUCGGUACUUUCCUUUGGGCGGUCUACAAGGGUGUUCGGUCAUGGAGUAGACGAACGCUAGAAAAGGCCGGCGAACGGGUGAUGGAUGUCCCAUUACCAGAUGAUGAGAAUGAGGACGUCCCAGUACCGGAAGGAAUGAAGGAAGAGUAG